CACGAAAGUUUACGCACACAAUAUUUUAUAACUUCCAUUUGAUAAAUGUUAUAUUUAUAUUGACAACUCCAGCAUCAUUAUAUGCAUUGUCAGCUCUCAAAGGUUCUAGUGUACAACUCGAAUGUCCAUAUACAGCCACGGGCAGUGGCAGAAUAUCUUGGUUUAUUUCUCAUAAUGUCUAUUCAGAAAAUAAUUUAACAAAUCCAAAUUUACCAACAGACCUUAAAAAGAGAUUGAAUAUUUCUGGUAAUCAAACAAUUGGAGAAUAUAAUCUGAAUAUAUCUGACAUAAGAGAAAGUGACGAGGGAAAUUAUGAGUGUUCUGCUUCUGGUACUACAAGAGUAUACAUAACACAGCUGAUUGUUAUUGUUGAACCAGUAAGUGUAAAUAUAGUUGAUGUGUUACCAGAUGACAAACUGCCAGCUACAGAAGGACUAGAUUUGAUGGUAACAUGCAGAGGUGUUGGAGGAAAACCACCACCAAAUAUGAAACUGCUGAUAUCAGGAAUUACAGUUGCUACCGGCAACCAAUCUAUUCAAUACACACUGCCAAAAAUCAGUAGAUCGUAUGAUCGUAAGACAAUUACAUGUUAUGCAGGAAACGAAGAGAUUUCACAUUAUCCAUUGGUUGAUUCAGCAAAGCUGUAUCUCACCCUAAAACCGAUCUCGCCAAUAUUCGACCAGAAAUCUGUAGGUACAGAAGAGACCAUGCCACUAAAUGUUUCCUGUACCUCGCAUGGUAGUAGACCUGCAGCUAAUGUUACGUGGCUUAUUGGACAAACUAAUAUGGAUGUAACAAUAAACUCCUCCGAAACUAAGACCUUUAAUUCGUCCACAGAAAUGUUUACAGUAAUAUCUACGUUAAUCUACAAUGUUGACAGAACCUAUAACGGACAAAUGGUAACAUGUAAAGCCAGUAAUAUUUUAAGCAGUAAUGUGUCGUCAAGCACAUUGCUCAAUAUCAAAUAUGCACCGAGCGUAAAAGUAGAAAAUAAAACGUUCCAGCAAACAGAUAAGGCAAGGAAUGUUCAGUGCAGAAUUCAAGCACAACCUGUUUUUGCAAAAGGCAAUGACGAGAAAAUGAUUGGAGUGAUCGGAAGAAGUGUUGAUGUCAAUGUUUACGUGUUUAGUGAACCUAAACAUACCAAAAUCAGAUGGUACAAAAACACAGUCCUUCUGAAACAGUCAGCUAAAUACAAUAUGACUGAAAACAUGAUGAUUGUGAAUGACAAUUUCCAUGGUAGAGAGGUACAACUUGAUGGGUACAGACUGACUUUGGUUAUUAAUGAGUUGAGAUUUGAAGAUGCAGCUGUUUACAAACUGCAAUUGUCAAAUGGGAUAGGAAACUUAGUCGAGCACAAUCUUAUUCUAGAAAUAGGACAUAUUCCACAAACGCCUACAAAUAUCACGGUCGUGUCUGUUGAAGAAACAAGCUUGACAAUACAGUGGGUCCAUGUGGAUGAUAUAGAAUUGCAUCUAAUGUAUCAAAUAGAAUAUAAACUGUCUAUAUCAUCAACCUGGAUUCACAAAGAAAUGAUUUCAAAAGAAACAGAAAACACAGUUAAUGCUAUACAGUCUGUAAGCAGUUCGAUGGUAGCUUUGGGAACAUCUUCUACUAUUAUUACCAUUGUAGCUUGGCUUGUAGUAGGUUUAUUUUGGUUCAAACGAAAAUCACCCAUCAAGACUAUAAGAAAUAAAACAGAUUUUUUACAACAACAUCUUAACACCCAAAUGUAUGAUGUAGUUACAGAUUCUACAAGGAUUAAGACAGAUCAACCAAGAGAUAUAAGUGAUACUUCAAAGGCAGCCUACGAAGCUCUUGGUUUGAAAGAUAAGCCAAAUGUUUAUAGUGAAUUCAAGUAA